CUGGCAAGAGGAGGAAACCUGUUGAGUUUCUCUCGAGUACAUGUGUCUUCAUUACUAAUCUUCCAAAAAGACUUUCCUCCUUUUCGAGGAUGGAGAAGUACGAGAAGAUCGGCAAGAUCGGUGAGGGAUCGUACGGCGUUGUCUUCAAGUGUCGCAACAGAGACUCGGGCCAGAUUGUGGCCAUCAAGAAAUUUGUGGAGUCCGAGGACGAUCCCAUGAUCAGGAAGAUCGCACUGAGGGAGAUCAGGAUGCUUAAGCAACUCAAACACGCCAACCUGGUCAAUCUCAUCGAGGUGUUCCGACGCAAGAGGAAGCUUCACCUGGUCUUCGAGUACUGCGACCACACCGUUCUCCACGAAUUGGACCGACACCCCCGAGGCGUCCCCGAGCACCUGGUGAAGAGCAUCACCUGGCAGACGCUCCAAGCCGUCAACUUUUGCCACAAACACAACUGUAUCCACAGAGACGUGAAGCCGGAGAACAUUCUCAUCACCAAACAGCAGGUCAUCAAGCUGUGCGACUUCGGCUUCGCCCGCAUUCUCACCGGGCCGUGCGACUACUACACAGACUACGUGGCCACCCGCUGGUACCGGGCCCCCGAGCUGCUGGUGGGCGACACGCAGUACGGCCCCCCCGUGGACGUGUGGGCCAUCGGCUGCGUCUUCGCCGAGCUGCUGACCGGGGUCCCUCUGUGGCCCGGAAAGUCCGACAUGGACCAGUUGUACCUGAUCCGCAAGACCCUGGGAGACCUGAUCUCUCGACACCAGCAGGUUUUCAGCAGCAAUCAGUUUUUCAGCGGCCUCGCCAUCCCUGAACCUCCAGAGAUGGAAUCUUUUGAGCUGAAAUAUCCAAACCUGUCACAUCAAACUCUGAGUCUCCUGAAGGCGUGUCUGCGAAUGAAUCCGUCGGAACGUCUUACGUGCGAGCAGCUGCUGCAGCAUCCUUACUUCGACAGCCUGCGGGGGAAGAGCCAAGGCGGCGGCGGCGGGCGGGAGCACGAUCGCUACGGCAACAGGAGGACGCGCUUGCCACGCAAACACCUCCCGGCUGGGUGUUUGCCUCAGCUGACGGGCAGCAGUAUCUUCCCGGCGUUGGACACCAAGAAGUACUACCACAACCUGCGCAAGUUCAACUACCACCUUCCCAACAUUUAAGGUCUGUACUCCCCAGACCUGCGCCACGUCCACGAGCAGGACAAACACUCAGGAACCAAA